GUUUGCAGUCAUUAUCUUUAACACAAUAGUGUACUAUGUUCAACAAAAAGUUGUUAGCUGUGUUAGUGGUACUAGCGUUGACGGCUCAUAGUAACGAUGCAUUAUUUUGCUUGAGCUGCACAGCGACCGUCUCCCCGCGGCACUGUCAUACUUUACAAAAGUGUGAGGACGGAAAGGUUUGUUUUACCCAGAGGUAUUCAGGAAUCAAUGGAGAAGUUUUAUAUGACACUGGGUGUCAUACACCGUCUAUUUGUUCGAAAAGGACUACCCAGCAUUUAGUAAAGAGCCUGAGUCAUAACCCCGCCUACCCCCACACAGAACAGUGUGUAGAGUGCUGCUCAUCGGAUGCAUGCAACCAUAAAGGAUGCGGAAGUCCAGAUUAUCCAACCAGACGAGGUCCUCUUUGUUUCAACUGUCAGCAGUCGGUAGAUCCUACCUUCUGUAGCUCUGUUCAAGUCUGUGACGAAAAUGAAAUAUGUCAUUUACACGAGGAAGUGGAAUUUGGAGAAUCGAUUUUUGUCCAAUCGUGUUCCCAAAAGCACAUUUGUGAUAGCGGAAGUCCUUACGUAUUUGGAAAGCGAUCGACAGAACGAUGCCUGAAGUGUUGCAAUUCUGAUCUUUGUAAUGGAGAGUGUGCAGCUGUAACGACAACAACAACGACGACGACAACGACGACGACACUUCCAACGACGACACUUCAAUAUUCCUCCCCGUUUGAUUGCUGGGAAAUCUUUCACAAUGGAUUUAACACCACGGGGAUUUACCAGAUAUAUCCCUGGGGACCCGGUAAAAAAUCAAUCGACGUGCUCUGCAACAUGGAUGUCGACCCUAAGGGUUGGACGGUAUUUCAAUGGCGGCACCCUUUGACAGAAAACUUUACCAGGAACUGGGAAGAAUACAAAAACGGAUUUGGUAAUGUGUCUGGAGAAUUUUGGCUCGGUAAUGAGGUACUACACCUUUUGUCUACAGCACACCCAACACAGUUUUACAUUGGUAUUUCAAGUACUAACGGAGGGUCGUGGUAUGAAAAGUUUGAUAACAUGACAGUAGCCUCCGAAAGUGAUAACUACCGGAUUACUUUGGGAAAUGCUUCUGGAACAGCUGGAGACCACAGUACACAAAUAGAUCAUGCUGGGGGAAUGAAUACUCUCCAGUUCUCAACAUACGAUAGAGACAACGACGCCAAUCCGAACAGCUGUGCGGCUAACUACAAAGGAGGAUGGUGGUUUAACUAUUGUCAUUAUGUUUUUCUAAAUGCUGCCCGUGGAUUUUCUUAUGCAGAAACCAUAUAUUCGAAUAGAAUAUCUAAUAUGAGCAGUUUCAAUUCAUCUAUUCUAAUGAUCACCCGGAUGUACUAGAAAA